CAGAGUAGUCUCCCGAAAGAGCGGGGCAAACUGCUUCGUCUCUCUCUCUGCUCUGCUGUAUUAUUAUUUAUAGAGAUUCAGACAUACACUUGACACUAGAACCUUCUAAUAAAACACCAGAUACACACGUAGCGGGGAAGUGAAGGCAGUGGUGGCUGUGUGAGAUAGAGAGAGACUCACUCUUUCUUCUUCCCCAAACCCCUCAACAAGUUAUUUUUAGGGUUUAACUCCAAUGAUUCGCUCUAAUGGCGUCAGACUCGUUCGCUACUCUCUCUCUCGUAUACUCCUCCACGAUUCCCCAAUUGCCAUAUAUGAGUCGAUAUUGCGAGGGGGCUAUCGGACAUACGGCUCGGCGGUCACCAACCAACCUAGGGUUCUUGCAAGUUUUCAUUCUAGAAAUGCUAAUAGUAGAAGCUGGAUGCGGCUUGGAGUAUUGAAUUCUAAUUUUGGGGCCCCUGCAGCAAGAGCUAUUCAUGGCACUGCAUAUAUGGCGGCUGGAGAUUAUUAUGACACACUUGGUGUGAAUAAGAAUGCAACUGCAUCUGAAAUCAAGAAAGCUUAUUAUGGGCUUGCAAAGCAGUUGCAUCCAGAUACAAAUAAAGAUGAUCCUGAAGCUGAAAAGAAAUUUCAAGAAGUUCAAAAGGCAUAUGAGGUUUUGAAGGAUGAAGAAAAACGUGCACAGUAUGACCAGCUUGGCCAUGAAACUUAUGAAAGCAAUGUUAAUGGUGGUGGCAUGGGUGGUGGUCAAUGGGGCCCUGAUUUCAAUCCAUUUACUGACAUUUUCAAUACUGAUAAUAUCUUCAAUACUAUCUUUAAUAGGGGAAUGGGCGGCAAAGAUGUCAAGGUUUUGGUUGAACUAUCCUUUAUGGAAGCUGUUCAAGGAUGCACCAAAACUCUGACAUUCCAAUCUGAUCUGCCUUGUGAAGCUUGUGGUGGAGCUGGUGUUCCUCCUGGAACCAGACCAGAAACUUGCCAGACCUGUAGAGGCUCAGGCAUGAUAAACAAGGUAACUGGCCCAUUCAGGGUCCAGGUUACGUGUUAUUAUUGUCAUGGAACUGGGAAAAUUGUUAAGAACUUUUGCAAGUCUUGCAAUGGGGAGAAAAUAGUUAGAGGACCAAAGACGGUCAAGCUGGAUAUCAUGCCAGGAGUAGAUGAUAAUGAAACUAUGAAAGUGUAUAGGAGUGGUGGAGCAGAUCCUGAUGGCAAUCAACCUGGUGAUCUUUAUGCUACUAUCAAGGUCCGGGAAGAUCCUGUUUUUCGACGAGAAGGGCCAGACAUUCAUGUUGAUGCUGUACUGAGUAUCACUCAGGCAAUUUUAGGUGGAACCAUCCAGGUCCCAACUCUAAUGGGAGAUGUUGUUCUUAAGGUCCGCCCCGGCACCCAACCUGGUCAGAAGGUGGUUUUGAAGAAAAAAGGGAUAAAAACAAGGAACUCUUACUCGUUUGGGGAUCAAUAUGUGCACUUCAAUGUCAGCAUCCCAGCAAAUUUGAGUGCAAGACAGCGGGAACUAAUUGAAGAGUUUGCGAAAGAAGAGCAAGGUGAAUAUGAGAAGGAUAAGGGUACUGCUGCUGGAGCAUCGGUUUAAGUUCAAUGUGGAGGCUGGUUUGUGUCCCCAUUGUCAUCAUACUUAAAAGAAGGUGAAAGGAAGAUUACAUAUUUUUUGUUACACCCUAUUCCUUGAGCUUGGCAAUUUUGUCCCAGUAAUUUUAGGUUCAGCGUUUACUUUCUUUUUCUUUUCUUUUUUUAAAAAAAGAAAAAAGAAAAAAGAAAAAAAGGAUUUGUAAUAUUUUACUUUUUCUGAAAUUAUAAUUAAUCAUUGGUAUCAUGACCAGAUUAUAAGUAUUUCAUGAUACUCAUGUACAUAUAUCUCCUUACAGUAUUAUUUGUGAAAGUGAACCCACUAGAUGUUUCCAUUAUUAAGAUAUAAAUAUAAAGUUCAGCUUUGUCUUCUUGA